AUGAGCUCCCCGCCAGAUGAGCAGAACCGCGUAUUACGACAUUCUGCAAGUUUCCCCGAAUGCGACGCAGGCGCAGAUCAAGACAGCCUAUUACAAACAAUCUUUCAUGUAUCAUCCGGAUCGGAACCGCGGCGAGGAGGCGUCGCAACGCUUCGCCCUCAUCUCGGAGGCGUACAGCGUGCUCGGCAGCGCGGCGCUCAGGAGGAGAUAUGACCGCGGCAUUCUGACGCACAGUGACGCGCAAGCCACCGGGAGACCAUCAGAAAAGCAUCAAAAGCCUAGACGAGCGUCAGACGCGUCCAAGAACGCGUACUUUAACUUCGACGCGUUUUAUCAGGCUCACUAUGGCGAGCAGCUGCAGAGAGAGAAAGAGAUGAGACGCACACGAGAACAAAGUGAACAAUUGCAGCGGGAACAUUUCAAGAGAUGGAAACUGAACAAAUGUACUGAAAUAGCAGCCGGCGUUCUGCUGCUGUGUGGAGGAGUCAUUCUUAUCAAUUUAAAAUCUUAAAUUAUAUGAGAGAGGGAGAGAGAGAGAGAGAGAGGUUGUGUCUAAUGGGCUGUGGUGCCAAUAAUUUGAACUCUUCUAACAGUUGGUUUUCUUCAGUAAAGUAUCAUAUUUUCAUAUUUUGGUUGUUUGUUUUAAGCUUUGGUGCAUAACACAUGAGACUAUGUGCCACUGUUUUAAAAACAAAACACUUAGGGGCGCUUUUCCAGAUAGGGAUUAGAUUGACCACCACUAAUAAAAAAUGAGGUAACAAAAUGUUUAAUUUUACAAUUGAAUACUCUUAACAUUAAAAUAGCAAUAUUGUGACCCAGGUGUUAAUAUCAUAUGUCCACAUCCCAGUUGACCAAAAAUACGACUGAAGCCACACUAUGGGGUGGUUUCCCAGACAGUGAUUAGUCCUAGACUAAAAUAAAAUAAAUGUAAGAGCUAGUGUGCUGUCCGAGGGGGCUCUGAGCUCGGAAUUUUAGCCCAAACCUAGAGUACUUCCCCCUCUUUAACUGGGAUAGAUGAAACUAGCUGAGAGUGAGGUGAUGGGGUGGAGGAGGGAUGUUGCAAAAAAUGUCACGGGACAGAGGUGAAGUACAGCUAUUUGAAGGGCACCUCUUCAUGCUGAUUGGUUGGAUUACAUGACCAUGCUUCUCCGGACUUAGUUAAAUAAACUUGAUUAAAAGUACACACACCCCUGUUAAAAUGGCAGGUUUUAAUUGUGAUUUAAAAAAUGAAACCAAGAUGAAAGAGUUCUCAACGGGCCUGAAAAUUACAACCCGACCCGUGGCUUUUAAAGCCUGGACUGGAUGUAACCCGACACAUCAACAUGAAUUAUAUGCCAAUUAACAAUACAAACAACUGAAACAAUAAACUUUAAAUAUAUAAAUAAAAAUCACACAAUAAUAAAUAAAAAGAACUCACACUUGUACCCAGCCAGCGGUUACCCCUCCUGUAGUAGCGAUGGUGAAUUCAACUGCGGCAAGUUACUUUUCUCCAACUCCUUCAUCUUCUCCAGGCUAAAGGGGUGCACACAGCGGCGUCAGGUCUGCCCCUGCCCCUCUCUGUGAUGCAUGUUGCACGCAGCAGCCAAACUUUCUUUACGGUGAACAGCAGCGAUGAUUAAUAAUCUUUUUCACUGAGCGGAAAAGAUUAAGCCCAAGGUCCCACCCGAGUCAUUUGCUUAUAUAAUUUUGACCCUAACUUGGUCCCGUUGAGAACUCUACAAGAUGAAUCAUGUCAGAACUUUUUCUGUCUCUAUUGUGUAAUUUCUACCUAUAAAUUAAAGUGCAUGACUGUGCACACCCUUUUAAACAUAUGUAGAAUCAUUAAAAUGACUGAGUAAACCCUUAACCCGUA